AUGUCAUAUAAUGUGACUUCGUUCAUCGUCAUUACUAGCAUCGCUGUUUCUAGAGCUGCUAUUUCAAGUUUCGUGUUGCAAAGAUUGCCGUUUGGUGCUACAGCUACUGGUGUUUGCUUCGAUGAAGAACCAGAAUUUCAAUUAUUGAGUAAUAAAAAACCAGAAUUUCAAUUGAGCGAUAAAGAACCAGAAUUUCAAUUGUUGAGCAAUGAAGAACCAGAAUUUUAA